AUGUGCACGACAGAUGACUCUGAACUUCUCACUGUGCCAGAUGGAUGGAAAGAGCCAGCAUUUACAAGAGAAGAUAAUCCCAAAGGGCUGCUUGAGGAGAGCAGUUUUGCGACGCUGUUCCCCAAGUACAGAGAAGCUUACCUGAAAGAGUGCUGGCCACUUGUCCAGAAAGCCUUGAGUGAGCAUUACGUGAAUGCAACACUGGAUCUAAUUGAAGGAAGCAUGACUGUCACUACCACUAAGAAGACUUUUGAUCCAUAUGUGAUCAUCAGGGCUAGAGAUCUAAUAAAGCUUCUGGCAAGAAGUGUUCCAUUUGAGCAGGCUGUUCGUAUCCUGCAGGACGAUGUUGCAUGCGACAUCAUUAAAAUAGGCUCUCUGGUGAGAAAGAGAGAUACUUUUAUAAAAAGAAGAGGACGACUUCUGGGACCAAAAGGAUCCACUCUGAAGGCGCUGGAACUGCUAACGAACUGUUACAUUAUGGUGCAAGGCAACACUGUUUCAGCUCUUGGACCUUUUAGUGGGCUAAAAGAAGUUAGAAAAGUUGUUCUGGACACAAUGAAGAAUAUACAUCCCAUAUAUAACAUUAAGACUUUGAUGAUCAAAAGGGAAUUGUCAAAAGAUCCUGAACUGAGGUCACAGAGUUGGGAAAGGUUUCUGCCUAAGUUCAAGCGGAAGAACUUGAAAAAACGCAAGGAGCCAAAAAAGAAAAAUACUAAGAAGGAGUACACGCCAUUCCCACCUCCACAGCCAGAAAGUCAGAUUGAUAAAGAAUUGGCAAGUGGUGAAUACUUCUUGAAGGAAAGACAGAAGAAGCAAAAGCGAAUGCAAGAGAUAAAGGCAAAGCAAGCAGAUGCAGUCAAGAAAAGACAGGAAGAAAGAAAUAAAGCUUUUAUCCCACCAAAGGAAAAACCAGUUGAGAAAUCGAAGAAAGCCUCCACUGAGAAAAAAAUUGAUGUUGAAGCCAUCAAGGAAAAAGUAAAGAAUGCAAAGAAGAAGAAAUUAGGAGCACUUCAUGUGGAAGAAGUCAAGUUAAAAAUGGCAGCAGAUGAAAAGAAAAAAAAGAAAAAGAAGUAA